AUGAAGGUACUCGCCUUGCUUUUGGUCAUCGCGGUUGAUGCAAAGUUGUUACGAAGAUCGCUGAGCCGGGGUUCUUACACGGUGCCCCUGAAACUAGCGAACGCUCGACCUCGUGGGGCGGACCACGCCCAUGUGAGCCUAAUCAGUACUGAGCGCUCCCAGAACUCAAAAGCAUGGCAGUCACAAGACUUCCGGACGCUGUCAAGCGUGCGCGCGCAGGCGCAGCAACUGCACGCACUGCAGUACUACGGUGAAGUUCAUGUGGGAACACCGCCGCAGCGCUUCACUGUCAUCUUUGACACAGGGAGUGGCCAGUUGAUGCUGCCCUCGGCCAGGUGCACUAGCGAGGCCUGCAAAAAGCAUGAACAGUUCGCGGCACUGAAGAGCAGCACUGCCACACCAAUUGGCUGGGCGGACCAGCCACUUCAAAAAGCCAGGGACGAUGUCGAUCGUGACACCACGGUCGUGAGUUUUGCUGCGGGUGAUGCUGUGGGUCAGUUUGUUCGAGACAAGGUUUGUGUGGGCUCAGCAUGCGCCUACGCAGAUUUCGUCGAGAUGACAGAGGAGUCGAAGGAUCCCUUUGAGUCGGCGGAAUGGGACGGAGUCUUCGGCCUGGCUCAGUCCCUGAGCGACCAUGUGGAAUUCAACAUCGUGCAGAACCUCUUAAAAGGAGGUCUGAGCAGCGGUACCAUGAAAAAGCCAGUAUUUGCAGUGUACCUCGGGCGUCAAGUUGAGGAUGAUGCUGAAAUUACCUUUGGGGAUUACCACGAGAAUCGCAUGGCGUCUGCGUUACAGUGGGUCAAUGUGUCUCAAGAAGGCUACUGGCAGUUUCAGUUUGAUGACAUUACAGUCGAUGGAAAGCCCACUGGGCUUUGCGCAAGGCAUGGAGAGCGGCGUUGCCAGGGUGUCCUGGACACUGGAAGCUCACUCCUGAUGGGCCCGAAAAAGGAUCUGGAUGCCAUCCUCGAGUUGCUGACGUUCCAGGGUGGAACCCAGAUGCCGUGUGCCGCAUCAGCGCGCUUCCCCAAGCUGGGCUUUCAGAUUGGCACACACGCUUUCGAGAUGGAGGCAGAUGAGUACAUGGAUCGAUCCGAUCCGGAGCACUCCGAUGGCUCGGGCAAUUGCUGGGCUCACUUGAUGCCAGUGGGCGACACUGGCAGAGGAGCUAUUUUCGUUCUCGGAAUGCCUUUUCUCAGGGCCUUCUACACCGUCUAUGAUGUGGAGGCCAAAAGAAUUGGCAUAGCCAGAGCGAAGCAUCAGUCACAGCAGGUCCUCCAGGACUCCGACUCCGACUCAGUGAGGCUCGUGUCCUUGCGGCCUGGGGGCACCGGCCUCGGGAAGGCAAUGAGAAGACUCUCCAACGAUGAGAUGCCAAGGAUCAAGACCUAA